GUUACAGGAAGUUGUAGGAGCUGCCAUGUUUAGCUGCUUUGUUAUAGAUUCCUUCUAGGUUUCCUGCAGAUUUUAAGUGUUGCAAUGGAACCGAGCUGGAGUACAUUUUUAUUCCAGUCUUCUGUAGGUCCCAUGGUUCCAGGGAAUCCACGUAGGGACUACUACACAGGGAUCAGACAGGCCAAUGAAGCCCUGCAUCACCAGCACCAGGUGGCCCAGAACAGCUUGCUGCCUCUCCUCCAGUCAGGAGGACCAGAACCUGUGGACCAGAAGCCUGUGAUGCCCAUCCUCCUGGACCAGAAGCCCCCGGUCAGCGUCGCUGAGCUCCUCAAGGACAAUGUAGCCAGCGGGACGGGGGGAGGCGGUGGUGGCGGCGGCGGUCCCGUUGCAGUGGUGAAGAAAGAGCCCAAGUCCAAAACACCGUUCAUCUGCGGCUACUGCAACAAAGCCUUCCGGGACAGUUACCAUCUCAGACGGCACGAGUCCUGCCACACGGGCGUCAAGAUGGUGUCCCGUCCCAAGAAGACACAGACGGCGCCCACGAUGGUGCCCAUGAUCUCCACAGUGCCGCAGCGCGAGAACAGCGGCGGCCAGCCCUCUUACAUAUCCACCAUCGCUGGCAUCCUCACCACGGCAACCACCUCGGCCUCCACGGGCUCCAGCAUCAUGUCUCCCACCAUGGUGCCCCAGCAGCAUCAACAUCAGCAGCAUCAGCAGCAGAGCCAGCCCAAGAAGCCUGCCAAGCCAGUGAAGAAGAACCAUGGCUGUGAGAUGUGUGGCAAGGCUUUCCGUGACGUCUACCACCUGAAUCGUCACAAGCUGUCCCACUCAGACGAGAAGCCCUUUGAAUGCCCCAUUUGCCAGCAGCGCUUCAAGAGGAAGGACCGCAUGACCUACCACGUGCGCUCACACGACGGGGGCGUUCACAAACCUUACAUCUGCUCUGUCUGUGGGAAGGGCUUCUCCAGGCCUGACCAUCUAAGCUGUCAUGUGAAGCAUGUUCAUUCAUCAGAGAGACCCUUCAAAUGCCAAGUAACGGCCUGCACCUCUGCUUUCGCCACCAAAGACCGCCUGCGCUCCCACAUGAUCCGACAUGAGGGCAAGGUGACCUGCAACAUCUGUGGCAAGAUGUUGAGCGCCGCCUACAUUACCAGCCACCUCAAGACCCACGGCCAGGCCAGCUUCAACAACCCCUGUAAUAAAGGGCUAAGUGACUGGCAGUGGAACCACCACUCAGGGAUACGAAAAGGUGAGUUGACGGUAGGAGAGAUCUUAAAUAACUCGUUCCAAGUCCUUAUGGACAUCUCUCGUUUUCAAGACUCCAACAACGUGCACAACUCGGGCUCGGCGACACCUGUCACCAACUCUGCUGCCAUCACCUCGGCAAUGAACCGCGGCAACGCCAGCAACCCGGUAACCAUCGCUGCCCAGAUGAACAUCACCACCAGCACGGUCAACAUCACCUCUCCAAUCAACUUGCAGCACCCAGUGACCCUCACCGGGCCCAUGAAUAUAGCCCACCCUGUGGCCAUCACCUCUGGGAUGCCCAUGAAUAUAACCGGGCCGCUUAACAUCGCCAUGCGGCCCAUGGAUAGCAUGCCUUUUCUCUCCCAGGUCCUGCCUUCCUCCCCUCCCUGGUAGUAACCCCUUCCCUGGCCCCUGGUUAGCAUCUCUUUAUCAACCCCUCCCACCUCUCUCCUUCUACCCCCAAACCACCACCUCCUCCCUUACUUUAGCAGACCUUCCUCCUUAUCAGGAGUACUAUAGAUGAUGUUUUAGUAUGGGGGGCUAGCUGUACCCGUCUGUCUAGUUGCUGCAGCAGUGAAUGCAGCAUGAUGAGAGGUGGACUGGCCAGCCCCUGUAGAUGCUGGUGCAUUUUAUUUCAUUUAACCGCUGGUAGGAGGACAGUCCUGGAAGGCAUGUGAAGUUUCAAAAGGAGAAAUGGAGCUUUUGAAUGAUGCACCAAGUGGAUGCCUGAUGUAAACAAACGAGUUAUGCCUCGCCUCGUGCGUCAGAACAUACCUGCACAUUUGGCAUUGGAAUGAAACUGUAACAGAAAUGUAUUGCUGGUAUUAAUGUUUUUUAAAUGCUCUCUUACAGAGCAGAUGGUUUUUAUAUUUGUUUUCCUUUGUUAUUAUUAUAGCCUGCUAAUCAGUAUUUAAUAGUUGUAAUAAUUGUAAGGGGUUAAGUACAACAAAAGGGACAAAGGCUACCAUUUUGCAGGAGGGUGAUUUUUUUUUUCUGGAUAAUUUAAGGCACCACAGUUGUUUCUUAGGCCAAUGCCUUUGACUACAUAAUGUGAGCUCUCCCAGGUCCUGUACAUCUCUGGAAAAUGGUCACUUCUCACUGCUGGAUACUGUAAACCUAUACAUAAUUAUUAUUUUUUUAAUAGUUGUAAGUUGUGUUUUAUAUGAAUUCACAAAGUAGCCGGAGGACAUUAGUGGUAAUGUUACAGGAACACAAGGAGGAAAUGUCUGGCACUGAAAGCAUAUCCCCGGGUUAAUGUCCUGAAAACAGCAGUAUUAUCAAGGAUCAAAAUGUUUAGUGUUGGCUGAGAGCCCUGUUAAUGUAGAGGCUACCAGAGCCACCUAGUGGCACAGUAGACACUAUGCUGAAAAAGUGGUCCCAAAGUUCACCUUUUAACAUUUUUGUGAAUAUAGUUAUGUUGGGAGAGGUUUUGAUAGGGCCAUUUUAUCCCCCUCUAUUUUUGAUUGCUAGUUUAGGAUCCUAUAAGUAUGAACUUCUACUCAGGAACCUUACUGAGAGUAGCCCAAUCUUUUGAUGAGUAAAAGGAUCAAAUCAAGUUUAACACACAACCUUGACCUUUUACCCUUUCUUUGUAAAUAUUAAAACACACAAUUAUUUUGUCUUUGCCCGUCAGGAAAAAAAGUAGAUAUUCAACACAGGUCAGAGCUGCAAUGACUUUAUCGUUGUCGAUACGGCUGUCCAUUGGACUACUUUUGCAUAGUUUACUUCCAAGGUUAGUUUAAGGUUUUUCUGUCUCCUGAGGUUCUUUUUUGUUAUAUUACUGUAGAACCAACUGCCAUCUGGAGCCUGAGGUGCCCUGAAAGAGAAUAGAAACAGAGACUAGAGGCUGUAUCCACUACAUGUGUUCUAGAAGGAUCAAAGGUUAUAGGUCAAGGGUCACAGGGCUGCUUCCUGCCCAGUGCCUGCCUGCUCUGCCUAGGCCUACAUUCAGUACACAGGCCUCUCACUCAAUUGGCAGGUACUCUUAAAGAGCAUGUGUAGCUGACACGACACAUUGCCCAAAAAUCAGGCUGUAUGGGUUUGGUAGGAACGGGCGGUGCAUUCAAACGUUACACUGGUGGAAACUCUUCAGAGACUUGUGGCCUCGCCUUCCUUGUCGGUCUUGGGAGCAGCAAGGUGUUUGAGGCCUUUGAUAGUAUUGUAUGCAUGCCAACACAGUGCCCCAAGGGAAUUGCUUGACUCCGGGAUGGAAUGGCGGGUGGUCUUGUUGCCAUUUGGAUUCCCUUUCCAUCGAUGUUGCAUGUGGACGUCUGAGCUCGUCCAAGUUUGGAUUUAGUUUUUUUUUUACUCAUUAGAAGGCAAGUGACUUAUUUAAUUUAAAAAAAUUACUGAAAGAAAACACUACAAAAAGAAUUUGUUUUGAAGUAUGUGUGUGUUGUCCUUCCGCAGUGGCCGUAACUAGUGUGCCUGACCUGCUUUGCAACAACACUAUUCCACACUUCUGCUUCCUCUUCUAGAUGUGAUGGACAUAGACUUAGACAACACUAGUGCCCAAAAGACCAUUUUAGCAUGGGCAGCGCCAAUGAGGACUUUUUGAAGUAGUCAACUGCGUGGGACUUCCUAUGGGUUAAGGAAGGAUCACAUAAUUCCAUCCAGGUCAUCAGGAGGGAUCAGCCAAUGAAUUAAACUUGUGAGGAAACAUUCCUUAACUGCAGUUGGCAGUAAAUCGCCAACCCUGGAUUUAUACCUGUUCAAACAACACACUCCAGGUGGCAGUAUGCACCCUUUCAGUUUGUUUUCCAACUCAGUCAAUUUUCUAUUACUUUCAUAUUUCAAAAUGGAGAUGGCCUCAAUGGCGCUGCCUGCGCUUUCGCAGAUGUAAUGUCUAUGGUGAUGGACUUGCUUUGUGAAGGAAGCCUUAACUGUUCAGAUGGCUAAGAGCUAGACAGCCCCCUCAACCAAAUUGAAAUGUUUUUUUUAGUAUGAUGAACACUGAAUAAAGUGUUUGUAAGUAACAUUCUGUUAACAUAUUUGAGAACAUGGUCUGUGUUUUUUUUAAAGGACCAUUACUCUUAUGCAUCAUCAGUUUAUUUCUAACCAAAUGCUUUUAAUUUGUUUGCAAUGACACUACAUUUCUUUUUUUUUAAAUGCAAUGAUUGGUUUUGGUCUUAACUUUUGAUUUUGGAAGAGAAGUUGGUCUGAUCUCAAAUCUUUCUCUGAAUUGGGAGAUCUUGGAGUCCUGUGAAGGCUGCUGAAUGUAUAUCUUUGUACAAAACCAUUUAGUUCAGAGGACAUGUUAGUUAUGAUAGACACAUGCAAGGGAAAAAAAACUAGAACCUUUUUAUAAAUCUUUUUGUAUUAGAACAUUAACAAUGGUAAUUUUGUAUAUACGAAGACUAGGCUUUCUGAUUAGCAGAAAGGUAAAACAUUCCUACAUUUUUAAAUGUCUGUCAAGAAUAAUUGUAAACAUAUGCGCAAUGUUUUUAUGUGCCUUUUAUUUGGGUUGUCUAAAUAAAAUAACUAUAAAACAUGAUUGUGGACUGUCCAUACUGAGUUUGCAGGGAGGACAGAGUUAACAUUUGGCUCCCCCCAACACUUCCUAAAAGGUCUCUCGCUUUCUCUCUAACUCUAUUUUUCUCUUUCCCCCUCCCCCUCGGGUCUACACUGCCUGGCUCACAGUUGGCAUGCUAUUGGAGUAUGGUGUACUGAUAAGUGCCUCUGUGACUCUGUUUGCGUAUUGUGCCAAACCAUGCUCUGUGCAUGACAACAAAAUUGUUUUUUUUUCUCUUUACACAUUUUAUUUUUAUCAAUUAAACUUGGAAACUUG